UUUGACCAAUGGCCUUGCGACGUGUCGUUCGGUUGCUGACGCAUCGUUGCGAUGCUGAUGCUGCAUGUGGGCUGGCUCCUUGCGGCCUUGGCGGCGCCCGUGGCCGGCUUCUGGGGCAACGCGGAGCCGCUCUUUACGGACAGCUUCAACAUCGAACCGCUGACGCAAGACACCUUUGACAAGACGGUGCUCGACGACGCGUCUGGCAACGUCUGGCUCAUCGACUUUUAUGCGCCGUGGUGUCCGCACUGCCGCCACUUUGCACCGCAUUACGAGGCGGUCGCCGACCACUACGCGCCGUCGCCGUCCAUUCACUUUGGCGCGGUCGACUGCACGGUGCACGGCGACAUUUGCUCGCGCUACGAGAUCCUCGGGUACCCGGCGCUGCGGGCCUUCCAUCUCGAGCCGAAGGCGGUCAGUAUGCCCUUCUCGCCGCGGCCAAAGUCGUUCGAGACCGUCGUCAAGUGGAUCGAGUCGGCGAUGGCCGAGAAGAAUCGCACGACGGGGGUCGAGUUGCCCGACUUUAGCGCGUUCAAGCUCGACGGCCCCAAGAAGAACAUGCGUCAGCACAAGGCCGACGACGCCACCAAGGUGGCCACCGUUGACGCGCGCGCCGAUCGCCUGCGGGACGCCGGCCACGCGCUCCUCUUUGCGCUCGAGACGUCCUUCUUCAUGGGCACUGACGUGCUCGACGGUGCGCGGUAUGCUGCCGCGCGCGCCUGGCUGCGGCUGCUCCGGUCGCUCUUCCCGCUCGAGGCCAACAAGACGCAGCUUGGUGAGCUACUGUAUCGCUUUGAGAGCCAGAGUUCGUGGAGCAGCGACGAGUGGCGCCUCCUGGUUGCGCUCUGGAAGUCGGACGUGCACGGGAAGACUUACCCGAAGGACCUCUUUUCACGCAAGAGCUUUGCGGUGUGCGAGAACUUUACCUGUGGCAUUUGGCUCCUCUUCCACGAGCUCACGGUCGCCGAGAUUCCUGCGACGUCGACGCUCACGCCACUCGAGGUUGCGCUCGAAAUCCGGUCGUUUGUCGAGCAUUUCUUUGGCUGCGAGCUCUGCCGCCUGCACUUUCUAAAAGCCAACCCGACGCCAAAGCUCGAGAUGCUGCUCGGGCACAGCCACAAUGCCACGAGCGCACUCGUGCUGUGGAUGUACCACAUGCACAACACGGUCAACGUCCGCGUCGAGCACGACGUUUGGCCGUCCAAAGCGGAGUGCAAGCGCUGUUACUCGACCGACGAAGCGACGACCGACAAGGCGCUGCUCGCCGAGCCCGCGAUCCUCAAGUACAUGCAGCAGGCGUACCGGUUUCCGGCUUCGGACGCCGACGUCGACCGACCGGUUGUUGACAGCGAAGUGGCCAUGGCCGCCGACGGCACCGCGCUCAAGGGCGCGUCGACAUGGGAAGCGUACACGCCGUCGACACCGAUUGAGUUUGCGCCGUUUCUGCUGCUUGGCUUUGUGGUGUACCUUGCGUACUGCCGCAAGCACGCGCGGUCGCACGAAGCCGCCAAGGAGUCGUAGUCUCGUCUCUGUAGUACUCUUCAGCAUUCGAGCAACAGUAGACACAUUGCUAUUACGCGCUACGAGCUGUACGAGCUCGGUGCUCUUCGAGUCUUUUCAACUAGUUUGCUUGUUUCGUGUCCAAGCAAACCCG